CGUGAUUGGCCAGGACAGAAGUGAGCCGGGUCGUCCUGCCCCUCCGAGGCGGCGAUUGGCCUAAAACCCCGCCUGUCGGGAGGCCCCGCCCCUCCGCGGCUCCGGCCAGGCGCGCAGUCCCACUGUUCCCACCCUAUGGCCUCCCGCGAGACGGGACGGAAGCCGGUUGGGGUCCGAAGAGGACCGGCGAGCGCCGCUGUGCAGGACAGGUACGGCCCCGGAUCAAGUUGUGAGACCGAGACGUGAGAGCCAGACACGGAGACAUGCACACGGGCGACACAGACACGGGACUGAGGGGCGGACAUGGGAGAGAAGCGAGAACGGGGUCGGGACAAGGGCACUUGGCCUCAGUGACACGGACACAGGGCGGCGACAGGUUCCAGAUGUGUCGCAGCCCGGAGUCGUGGCGGCCCCACCUACCCCUGUCGCACCUGCUGAUCUCUCCCGGGGCGGGAGCCAGAGCCCAAGCAGCUGCCGGGGCUGAUCCGCCUGAAGCAAGGGUACAUCAGACGCUUCGUGCGCGCUGUGCUGGACCGGACGCGCAGGGCGCACACAUCCGUGCGUGAGGACGGCUGGCUGCCCCUGACCCCGACCCAGAGGUCAGGCCCAGAGACUGCCUGCCCCCAGGGACGCCACAGCGCCCCACCACUGUCACUGACACGGAGGAUAACUCAUUGCUGUGGGAACGCCCCCUUUGUGCUGUCUACACCACCUUACCCGUGCCUAGGGGCCAUGCUCUUGGCCAUCUGGCGAAGCAUGAAUCUGGAGGAGACCGCGGCCCUGGCCAAGUCUGGGCAGCAGCUGGAGUGGCCAGAAGCCUGGUGCCAAUAGCUUGGGGACAAACAUGCCCUAGGCAGAGUCCUGGCACCUGCCCUGGCUGCCUGUGGCUGCAAGCAUGUACCAAUAGUCAGCAGACGUGGUCUGGGGCACGUGGGGGGCACCUUGGGUAAACUGGAGUCUAUUCAUGGAUUCACUGUCACCCAGAGCAUUCCUGAUGCAGGGGAGGUUGGCCAGAUGCAAGGGCUGCCAGGGCAAGUGGGCUGCUGUAUUGUGGGUCAGAGCAGGAAGCUUGUUCCUGCAGACGGAAUCCUGCAUGAAGCAAGAGAUGUGACGGCCACUGUCGACAGCCUGCCACUCAUCACGUGUGACCUGACCCCAGACUCCAGGGUCCACCUCCUGCAUGUUAAAGACCCCUGACCUAUGAACACACACAACCACAGGUGAUCUGACCCAAACCCAGGGUCAGUGUCCCACAUCACAGGAUGCCUGACCACCCACUCAAGAAGGUGGCCUGACUGAUGCACCUGUCAUCCCAGCACAUAGGGGACUUGACCUUCCAUGCUCAGGGUCCCUGACCCCUCAUGACUGACCCGAGACUCAGCAUCCCCCGCAUCUCAGAGGAAGCUGCAGGAUCUCCAUCACCUUAGCCUCCCCCACACAGCCUUCAUCCUCAGUAAGAAGGCAGUGGACAGCCUGUCUGCUCUGAUGGUAGGCAGGAAGUUCAGAGAGGCCGCAGUCCUCCCCAGCCAGGCACAGGCCCCGGAGCGCCUGGAGCCUGUGUGGCCUCUCCGUAGGGGUCCCCAUGUGGCUAUGGCAUGUCUGUUGGCGUGGAUCUCCUUAUGUGGCCCCAACCUCCCGUUCAUAACUCCAGCAGCCUUGGUCCUCAAGGUUGGCAUGGGGCAGCCGCUCUGACAGCCAGGGACAACCCCGCCGUAGGCCACGCCUUGGAGUGGAGGAAGCGCUGCUGUGCUUGGACGGCCUGGGGCCACCGGGCCUGCGGACCCGGUCACCCAUCACCAGGCUCGGUCCAUCUCGUGCACCGCUUAGAACACAGUUUGUAAAGGAGGAAGCUGGUGUGAACAGGGUAAGGGACGUAUCCAAGGUCGUCCAGCC